CAUGACACAAAGCAAGCAGUUUUGGAGGCAUUGGUGAAAACCAAAAGCGAUUGCAAAUUGGAGAAGGGAUAAGAAUUUUCCAAAUAUUAUUUUCGUAACAAAAAAUGAGUAAAAUAUUGAUAAAUAAUGCAAAUUACUGUAGUGAACUUCUUAUAAACGAAUGCAAGUGGGCAUAAGGAAAACCAUGGAGUGAAAGCAUUAUAAAAAUGGAGUUGAAUUCACUAGUUACGACGUCGAUGAAAAUUUUGCAAAUAAAAAAAAUUUGGAAGCUGUGGUGGUGUGUGUAAAUUGGAGUAAUUUAUCCGAUUUGUACACAUUAAUUAGAACUGAUAUAUAAUUUAACGGAGGUGCUAUUUAAGAAAAGCGAAGGACGAUAUAUACAUAUAUAUUUUUAUAAUUUUUCAACCGGCUGGAUUCCUCGCUGAUAUUUAUCAAGUGAAUUAAGUGUGAAUUGGAAGGUAAAGGAUAGGCGAAGACUCGAAAGGGGUGGAUGAAAGAUGGUCGUCUCCAAAGACUCCAAGCGGAAACGCAAAGAGUCACCGCCACCUCAACCGACGGCAGUAGAGUCGUCACCAGAAAUGCCUAAACGGACUAAAGUUCAAGCACAACGGAAGUUUGCCCAGGGCCAGAAUGCUCCAACAUCUUCUUAUAGCUCAGUAAUUGCUGCUUCAUCUUCUUCAAACACAGGUCCCAGCACGUCUUCUGAGAGUCGCGAACCCCCAACUGAGAUUUUACCAAACAAGCGUCCUAAAACGGAGGACUUUUUAACGUUUUUGUGCUUUCGUGGAACACCCGCAUUGCCUGCUCACUUGGACUUUUUGAAUCAAGGUAAAACUAAAGAUGCGGAAGACACAGUCAAGAAAAUGCAAACAAAACCAGCUAAGGGUGGGAAAAAAGGUAAAAAAGGCCGACCAAAAGGCAGCACUUCAAAAAAACAAGGACCAAAAGCCUCCACAUCCAAAAAUUCAGCAUCUACAGUAGUUGCACCAUCAGAAGAUGUUGAAACCAAAGCAGAUGAACCAAUAAAAGCAGACUCUACAAAAGAAGAAGAUAAAACUGAGGAAGCUGAUAAUAGUGUUAUAUCAUUUGCCGUGAGAAAGCGUGCUGAAGUAGUUGCUGGAGGCAAUCGCAGAGGACGGCCCUCGGCAGAUCGACAUCCCGGUAGUUCUACAGAAGGUGAUAGGUGCAAUAAUUCUCCAGAUACAAAGAGACGGUCAAAUAGGGGCGUUCGAAAAGAAGUCCAGCAACCUGCUGAACCUGAAAGUGAGGAGGACGAUGAAUUUUAUUCAGCAAAAGAUGAUGCCACCAAAAUUGAGGAUUCUGAAAAAGAAUCUUCUUCAGUGCGCAAAACUGAUGCAAAGAAGUCGAAAACACCUACAAUGUAUUUUUCACCGUACAGGACUAAAGUUCAAGCACAACGGAAGUUUGCCCAGGGCCAGAAUGCUCCAACAUCUUCUUAUAGCUCAGUAAUUGCUGCUUCAUCUUCUUCAAACACAGGUCCCAGCACGUCUUCUGAGAGUCGGGAACCCCCAACUGAGAUUUUACCAAACAAGCGUCCUAAAACGGAGGACUUUUUAACGUUUUUGUGCUUUCGUGGAACACCCGCAUUGCCUGCUCACUUGGACUUUUUGAAUCAAGGUAAAUCUAAAGAUGCGGAAGACACAGUCAAGAAAAUGCACACAAAACCAGCUAAGGGUGGGAAAAAAGGUAAAAAAGGCCGACCAAAAGGCAGCACUUCAAAAACACAAGGACCAAAAGCCUCCACAUCCAAAAAUGCAGCAUCUACAGUAGUUGCACCAUCAGAAGAUGUUGAAACCAAAGCAGAUGAACCAAUAAAAGCAGACUCUACAAAAGAAGAAGAUAAAACUGAGGAAGCUGAUAAUAGUGUUAUAUCAUUUGCCGUGAGAAAGCGUGCUGAAGUAGUUGCUGGAGGCAAUCGCAGAGGACGGCCCUCGGCAGAUCGACAUCCCGGUAGUUCUACAGAAGGUGAUAAGUGCAAUAAUUCUCCAGAUACAAAGAGACGGUCAAAUAGGGGCGUUCGAAAAGAAGUCCAGCAACCUGCUGAACAUGAAAGUGAGGAGGACGAUGAAUUUUAUUCAGCAAAAGAUGAUGCCACCAAAAUUGAGGAUUCAGAAAAAGAAUCAUCUUCAGUGCGCAAAACUGAUGCAAAGAAGUCGAAAACACCUACAAUACAGGAACGAAAAUCAGAAACGCCAUCGAAGGAAAGUGAAACAGGACGUCUACGAAAAGGCAGGGCUUCUUCGGCAGCGAAAAAAGGUACAGAUGAUACUCCUGAAGAUAUGCAAGAGGAAUUAAAUUCUUCCAAACAAGUUUUGAAACCAAUUCAAAAGCCAGAAGAGAAACCAAAAGCUAAAGAAAAAGCUCCAUUAAAGCGUCCGAGACAAAAAGAAUCACCAAUAUUUAUACCAUCGCCCGAACCAUCAGGCCGAAUGACAAGGCAGCGUGCCUUUUUUGAACCAGUAAAAGUGAUACAUACAGAAGAUAUUGGAGAAGAAACAACUGCCCAAGAAGAACAUAAAACUGAGAGUAUGGAUAUUAAAUCAUAUAAAGAUGCAGCAGUAGAUAUUCCCCAAAUACAACAAUUAAGCAAAAAUACAAAGAAGGGAAGAAAACAGGAAGGUGAUUCAUUGAAUGUUGAAAAUAAAGAUAGAUUGAAUGUCUUUGACUUCUCGUCGGAUGAUGAACAGCCAUUGGCAAAGUCUAUGAAGCUCAAAAAGGGCACCAAAGGAAAUCCUAAAAAAGCUGCUGGCCGUGCAGGAAAGACGCCAAAACAUGUAACUCAAAAAAAAUCAAAUGCUAUACAAAUGGAAACAACGCAAGUGGGCAAUGCUACAGAAACUCAAGAAGUGAAAGUAGAUCUUCAAAAAACUUCUAUUUCCAAUGGCAAUGGAAAGGAUGUAUCGAAUGAGAAACAGCAAACUACCACAAAAGGUAAAGGCAGAGGUCGAGGCCGAGCGGCAAAAAAGAAAGCAGAUGAACAGGUAGAAGUAGAAAUAGAGAGAGAAAUAGCGCAAAGCUCUCUUCAGCAGUCACCCGCACGCCAGCUCUCAAAUAAAAAAUCUAAGUCAGACAUUUCCGCUGUAAAUGGUGAGGAGGAGAAAGAAACCAUAGCAAGUGCACAAGCACGGCUUCAACGCCCGUCAAGAAAAACAAAAGAGGCAGCUGCUAUCUACAUGGGAAUCAUAGGGCAUAAGCUCCAACUCGCUGAAGACGAAGAUGAUGAUUUGUCAUUGAAUAGUUUUCCAGACCGACCAAACGUCAAAGAAAUGGAAAAAAUGGAAAAUGAGUUGAAAAAGAACGCAGCAACGGCAGGUGGAAAUGCAGCAUCGAGUGCAUCCGUCGGCAAGAGAGAUUCUCCUAAUCUAACAGUAACAGAACCAUCGGUUCCUGUCGAGAAGCAAACGACUGGAAGACGCGGUCGCCCACCUAAACAAUCUAAACAUCCACCUAUUAAACGAGAAAUCGAAGGAAUGCUUGUUAAAAAAGGAGCAAUAGCGAAAAUACUCCCUCCUAUGGAAAGGGUACCUAAUAAUAAACAGAAAUCGGAGCUCAGUAGACCUGAUUCUGACGACGAAGAUUUUCUGUUAAGCAAAGAGGUAAAUGAAACGAAACGUAAGCUUGAGAAAAGUUUCAGUGAUUCCGAUGAUGAACCCCUGGCUAUUAAAGCAAAUAUCAAAUCAAAUGAUAAAGACUCUGAAAACUCAGAUUCAAGAAAAUGUGACAGUACUCCGCAAAACAUUGCACCGCCGAAUCAAUUGAUGAUGUUACCCAUUACUACUAAACCAGUUUCUACUCCACCCCUCAACCCACCUACUCCAGUGACCAGCGCUUCCCCAAUUACAGCAACGGUGCCACAGAGUACGACCCCGCAAAUCCCAAGCCCUUUUAAAACAAUUGAAAAGAAGUCACCUAUUCCAACAUCUAAGAUAUUAAAUGUUCCCGCAACUUAUGCAAUACCUUCAUCUACACCGCCAUCAUCAAGCGUAAAUAUGUCAAUGAAUUCUGGCUUUAACAAAACGCCGACAUAUAUGCCUCCAGCUUCGCCGCACUAUCAUGCACCACAUGUGCGUCCUUCUCCUCAUCCAUUUCCAACGGCAAAGUCUCCAACGGUACCCCCAACUCCCACGGGCUCUGUAACAUUACCACCACAUCUGCAGGCGCCACUUCCACCCCAGUCACCAUUAAAAUACCCAGCUGCUCCAACAACUUACCCACCACCAAUCGAAGCGUAUCCGUCGCCGAAAAUUAAUCCAAAUUUCUUAACUCCGAAAUUCGACCGUACAACUUUACCCCGUACAAAUAAUUUUCCCUCUCCAUCUCCAGUGAAAUUUGAACUGUCCGCGGUCACGAAAGGGGGACUUGGCAGUUCGACUUUGACUUCGAAAAUGACAAUUCCCGGAUCAGGAACAUCUGUAGCGAUAACUGCAACAACCAGUAUAAAUACCUCGGCUACUGCCGGAGCAGCAGCUUCAUCUGCAGAUCCAUUAAAAGACGAAAUCGGGAGCAUCCUGACAGCCAGUCUAAUGCCCAGUAAAGAGGAAUCUGGCAAAGUAUUUGGAAUUGCUAGCGUUAGCCUAGCACAAAGUUCGGGACCAGACAAUACUAAGUGUACGUUGGGAAAGUGUGGCUCUAUUCACAAACCAGUAUUGGGUCCCGUUGUACCCACUGAGGGGUACAUUGGUGAUCAAUUAUCGAGCAAAGAACGACGUAAAGCAAAGGUUAACAUGACGCAUGAACAAAUACAGAAGUGGUUAAUUGAGUGUUCCUCGAAUCCAGAUGAGAUUCAAGAUGAUUUGGACGACGAUUUUGAUGAUAAUUUACGACCAAAUCUGUUCGCUACCACACCACCGCCUACGCGCGAUGACAAGGAAAGUACUUCUUUCAGUUCGUCAUCCAAAGCCACACGUGACUUGGGUAAAAGUGAAAGUGCUUGGUCUGCUAAAGGGCCUUCUUUAAAAGCAACGCCUGUAGUCGCAACAAGUAACCGAAAAGACGAUGGCAAGUUACUGGAUACAGUGAAUCCAAUGGACAUUACAUCUGAUAACGAAAAAACAACUGGCCAUGCGAUUAAUCUCACGCAAAAGAACAAUGUUAAGGCGAAUUCAGGUGCAAAUACAAGGAGUGAAACGCCCACACCCGUAAAGACAACUCGUUCUGAAAAAAUAGAUAAGAAAAAUACUAUUAAGAAACCCAAGGAAGAAAAAGCGGCUAACGAUUCUGUGAGCAAGGACAAUAAACAAAAUAAACUUGAAAAACAAAAAGACGCUCCAACAACAUCCAGUGCAAUAUCCAAAAGUUCUGCUGGGAAGCUUCCGCAGUCGCAGCUGCCAACAGCUUAUCCUCCAUCGACUACAGACAUCACUCCAGCGUCCAAGCAAAACCGCAAAAAGAACACCGUACCCACAACGGUGGUCCCCGCAUUAGAAGAGAAAAAUGGCACUCCAUCUAAACCUGUAUUGACUACUCUUCCAAUCAGCAGUUCCGCGGCAACAAAAACGCCGAGGCGAACUCCCGUUUAUAAUCAGAAAAACCAACAAAAGCAAAUGGAACUGAAGGAAACUACUACAACUAGUCACAAGAAGACUGCGCCAUUUUCCUACGGUGCAUUUUCCGCAGAUAACGAAAAAUCCAUUUACUCUUUUGACAAGGAUGAUGAUGAAGCGGAGGGCACCAAACUGCACUCAGCGCCAGCAUUUAGACGUCAAAGUGGUCGAGACUCGCAAAAUGAUGAAUCUACUCCAAACACUCCUCCAACGAGUAAAACAUCGCCGGGAAAGAAACGUGCCUCAAUAGCAUCUACUAAUGAGAAGCCUAAUAAAGAAAUAGCUGGUAAAUCCCAAAACAGCUCAGUCUCCUUAACGCUGAGUCCUUCAGAAAAUUGUAAACUCGUUAAAGUAAGUUUAGAUUCUGAGAAACCUGGAGUAAGCAGCAAGGCUCCUACUACAAAGGUAACGAAAGGCGCCAAGAAGCAGGAAACUGCAAAUAAUGAUGCCGAUUCCGACUCGGAGGGACAUACAUUCUAUAUUCCACUGCAAGGUGUUGGAACAGGUGGUGAUGGCGAAGGUGGCAUCCAAGGUGUUGCUGUAAAAUUAGGACGAGAGGGUCCCGAUGGCCCAAAUCAAAAGGUUAUAAUGCAUGCAACUUUGGUCACAAAAGCUCAAAUGGGAUCGAAUUCCAAACCACUACCGGAGUCCAUGAAUGUAGCGGAUAUAGUAAAAACUCUGAUACCAACUUCGCAGGCAAUAUCGUCGGCAGCAGUGUCUAGUGCGCAUACAGCUGUGGAUGAAGUCGCGAAAAAGGGUGAGAAAACUAACGCUACAACCUCGGCUGCAUCCUCGGCAGCGGCGGCAAACAUGGAUAAAUCAUCAUCAAAUAGCUUGAAAAAUGUUCCGAUCGGAACUGUUCAGCCCAGAUUUAAAGGAGGCGUAGACGUUGCCAAUCAGCCAUCAACAUCCGCUGCAGCGGCUGCUGCAAGCAUGGGAAGUGGAUUAGUUCGUGUCAAUUCCAACUCCUCACUUUUUUCAGGCUCGGCAAAAUCUCGCAUGGGCGCGGCAGGUACCGGUCCAUCAGGUCAUGGCGCAAACAAGAAAUUCAAGGAUGACACACCAAUAAAAAUGUCGAAUAACACUGCUUUUCCGCGCCACGAUGAUCCCACUCAGAUGGUAGAGGCGCCCAUUUUCCGGCCAACGGAAAAGGAGUUUGCCGACCCUAUAGACUUCAUUGAACGUAUCACUCCCAUUGCUGCGCGAUUCGGCAUUUGCAAAAUAAUACCUCCUGCGACAUUCAAACCAGAAUGCCGCAUAUCGGAUGAAAUGCGUUUUACAGCUUACAAUCAAUAUGUGCAUAAGAUGCUCCAUCGUUGGGGUCCAAGUGCGAAGGAGUUAAGUGCAAUAAAGAAAUAUCUAGCAACGCAGAGCAUCGUAAUGAAUCAUCCACCUUGGAUUGGGGGCAUGGAAGUUGAUCUACCGCGCUUAUAUCAUACCGUGCAAGAGUUGGGUGGUUUAAAGGAGGUGAUCGAGAAAAAGAAAUGGGCACGGGUUGCCGAGGAGAUGUGCAUUCCGAAGUUGGCACAGGAUCGUGUUACGAAACUUGAUGACAUAUAUUGCAAAUAUUUGCUCCCUUACGAUACCUUGUCGCCAGCUGAGCGCCAAAAACUAUUCGAUGAGGUUGAAGCAGAUUGGGCCAAACGCGAGGCUCGCGCUCGAAGAAAUGCCGAUCGUUUUGUGAAUACUGAAAGCGUAUCCAACGAAGAAGAUGAUGUAUCUUCAGAAGAUGAUGAAGAGUCGGAGGAGGAGGUAGACGGCGUGUCCAUGGAGUGUAUUGUGAAAGGCCGCAGUAUGCCGCUAAGUCAAUUCUAUCGCAUUGCGCGGAACACUAUGGCGCUAUGGUUUAAGAACACCGAACCCAUUGUUAAUGAAGUAGAGGCCGAGUUCUGGCGUCAUGUAGCUGUGCGUGACAGUCACGUUUGCGUACACUCUGGUUCCAUCGACUCAUCUGGCUGGGGCUAUGGUUUCCCCAGCCCUGGCCCAAAGAGCAAAGGGUCGAAUUAUGCGCGGCAUCCAUGGAAUCUAAAAGUGCUGACAAAUAAUCCAGGCUCGGUAUUGCGCUCACUUGGUCCCGUAAUGGGCGUUACUGUACCGACUCUGCAUGUGGGCAUGCUGUUCUCCGCUUGUUGUUGGUAUCGCGAUCCACAUGGACUCUCAUGGAUUGAAUACCUACACACAGGUGCUUCAAAACUGUGGUACGGCAUUCCAGAUGACCAGAGCGCAAACUUCCGUUCGGCACUUACUUCGCUCAUUCCCACGCAUUGCCAAAAUAAGACAAUUUGGCUACCUUGUGACACGGUUAUGGUUCCACCGCACAUGCUCACCGAUCGGGGAGUGUCGCUAUGCCGUAUCGAGCAGAAACCAGGCGAAUUCAUUGUUGUUUUUCCCCGUGCCUAUACCUCCAGCUUGGCUACUGGCUACGUAGUUUCUGAGAGCGUUUACUUUGCUACUACAUCGUGGUUGGAUUUGGCAAAAGAUGAUUUCAGAGACAUACAUGAUAGCUGCGAACCAGCUAUGUUCUCCUUAGAACAGUUACUCUUUGCCUUGGGUUAUGAUCAGCGCGUGACGUCAGAUACGUUGCAGCAAAUGUUGCCGAUGUUGCAAGAGGUUAAUGAGAAAGAACUGGCUGCCCGGGAACAGCUUAAGGCUGCUGGUGUUACUUCCACGGAAAAAGUAGCCACUGAGAAAGGUACCAAGGCGAAAAAACAACAGCCACCUCACAAAUCUAUCGAAAGUGAGUGUGACUUAUGUCGUGCAAAUUUGUAUAUUUCAAUGAUCAAAACUGAGGAAGGAAAUGUAUAUUGUUUGCAACAUGCAUUGAAGAACUUAAACAACGGCAACAUACAGGCGAAACAAUGCAAACUGAUGUACGCAUAUAAUGUGGAAGAUAUUGAAAGUCUAAUAAAAAACCUUAAAGAUAAGAUUCAACAGAAGCGGCAUGCGGUUACGGGGAAGAAGUCAAAGUAGUAUCGAGCACGGCGAAAACGAAAUUUCUGUAAAUAAAUGCAACACGACGUAUAUAAUUUUAACACAUGCCUAGUAUGUAUGUAAUUUUUUCAUAUUUAAACUUGAAUAUGAUUUUUGUUCUAAAAGCUCGGAGAUGAAUGCAAUUUUUAAACGGUAAAAUGUAAUUUUAAAUGCUUGGAAAAUCCUCUCACAUUAACACUAUACCCAUACAUUUGUAUAUGUGUGCUUUAUUGCAUAGCACUUGCUAGAAUUAGGGCUAG